AUGGAGUCCUUCUCCUUCUCCACCUCCUUCUCGCUGGGGGGGCCAAAACCUGCAAGUUUCCGAUGCCGCCAUUACGUCUCGUCUCCGGUCAUCUCCAAGGUGUCGAUCCGGCCGCCGCCGGCGGGAUUCGACUACAAGCUGGAGGUGCUGGAGGACACCCGGUCCACCGUGGAGAGGGAGCACCCGGAGCUGAUGGACCUGGUUGAGAAGGGGAGCCUGGUGGUGGUGGAGAAGAGGAGGUUCGGGCCGGUCCCGAGCUGGCGGAGCGCCUUUGUGGAACCUGAGGUUAUCUGGCUUGUUGGGACGUCACACAUCUCAGCGCAGUCCGCUGUAGACGUGGUGCGGGUGAUUGAGGCCAUUACUCCCGAUAACGUGGUGGUGGAGCUAUGCAGGAGCAGGCAAGGAUCGUCCAUUCUUUCUCCGCAUUCCUCUCUCCCGAAUUGCUUACUUUCCCCCCCUCUCCCGACAGAAUGGUUUCUAUGUGCCAUUCCCCUUCUAAGAUUUUAUCAAAGUAGCUAUCGACAGAUUUGCGCUAUUCGUGACGACUCAGUUUUUUUUCGUUUUGUUUUGUUUUGUUUUUUUAUUUGAAUAUCACAGCCUAACCAAUGUUUUGCAGAACACAUCUUCAGAGCUGGAAUAAUGUACACUUCUAUCGAUGAUGAACCUUCAGUACUGGCAAAAUCAAACAUGUUCUCAUUAACUGGGUCUAAAUUUCUAGGUGCCGUUGGUCGUAGUUUGGAUUUGGGUAUGCACAAUCAUUCAAUUAAACGUCUGUUUUAACUGUUAUUUUCUUUCUUCCGUCUUUUCCUCUUGGGGGAUGGGGGGAUGCUUUCUACUUUUAUUUUAUUCUAUACUAUUAUCUGUUUUCUUCAUCCUUUUCCAUGGUCAAUAAGAAGAAAACAUGGUCUGGUGGAAUCAUUCAACUCUAUAUGCAGCUGCAUUGCCUAUGUUUAAGCGAAUUACUCAGCUUGGCAUUAUAGUAUUUUUGAGGGGGAGGAUUUGAUGAUCGUAAACUAUAGGCAUGCUUUGCCUAGUGCGCACAACAGCUAGUAUUAAGAUGUAAAAAGAAGGGUAAUUCCAGUAAAAAUGGAAACAAGUACACAAUUUAUCUUUGGAUAGCAAAAAAAUACAUGGACCAUGCGUAAGCUUCCUUCCAAACACACCGGCAUAGAGUUUGAGUCCAUUUUCUCUAGAAAUUAUGAACAUGGAUAUCUCUAUUUAGUGUUACUAUGAAGAACAGAUUGCAAGAGUUUCGUUACAAAUAUCUCAUGUUCGGAAGGUUGCCCACAUAGAUUCCAAGAUUUUUUCAUUGCCUAGACCACAAUUAUGAGCUUCUUGGUUUUUCUCACCGUAUCUAGAGCGGGCUCAGGCUGUCUACAUAUUUCUGAGUAUAAGCCUCAGGGCCUCUUCUUAGCUCAUUCUACCUUUAUCUAGAUGAAAAUAUGUAUUCUCAAUCUUUUUGAAAGUUAUUGUUUAAUAAAAUAGCAUACUGUGUAACUGGAUUCUUCCCCAGAUCAUGAAAGCAACAGGGAAAUGAUCCUAAGCCGUAUGAAAAGUUUAAUGACAUAUCUAAUUAUGAUUCACAUUGAUCAUUAGCUGAAAUUUAGAUUCAUAAAGUUCAUACUCUGUAACGUAUAGUUCUUCUUGGAUGUUGAGUGAACCUGACUAUAAUCGGUAAAUCUAUGGAGAUAAUAGGAAACCCACAUCCCCUUCUUCUUAGAUCGUAACCCAAGCUCCUUUAGCCAACCACCCUGCAGCCAAUGGGGCUCUGUUACAAGAGGUUUCUUGUGGCAUGUAGACUGAGUAUUAUUUAUGCAGCUUCAUUUUUUCAGCGUGCAAUCCCAAUCCUUGUAACCGCAGUUAAUAUAUAAAGUUAUUAUUAAAUAGGUGAAGAUAGCUUAAAGCUUUUUAGAGAAAUUGGCUUGAUUUGAAAACUUAUGGUAUUGAUUAAAAUUAUUUAACGCUCUUUAAUCUUUGCUCAAGUCACUGAACAUGUAUCCCUUGCGAAUUGGUGAUUAUUCAACUGCAUUUCAAAGCCUUGCUUUUAGAAAACUGUAAAUUGGAUUAAAGCACCAGGGAGUUGUCUAUUGUUCGGCUAUCCAUCAUGUCUAAUCAGAAAUUUAGGAUGAAUUUAGCCUCCAUAUAAGAUAUCGAAAUUUGUUAGCAGUUAGAAUUGCCAACUUGGCCGUAGUGAAGUUAGAUGAUCUUCCUCAUGAUAACUCUUAAACGACAGUAACAAUGAACAUUAAAUGAUAUGAAUUCCUUUUUAUUUUCUGUUGUAAAAACUUCAAAUGGAUUGCCAAAUUUACCUAAGGGAUCGUCAUAUUUUGUUGGCAUCUUAUGCAAUUUAGGUGGUCAAACUGCCCUUGCAUUACGGUUGCUUCUGGCAUUUUAUUCGUCAAAGAUAUCCUCUGGUUCCCAACAGGCUUUUGGAAAUGAGGUAUUCUCAGGUUGAAGUUUCUGCGGAUUAUUUCAAUAUAAUACGUGUAUUCGGCAUCAUUUGAUUGAGAUUUUUUUUUCAAUGUACAGUUUCGUGCUGCACGGCGAGUUUCAGAAGAGAUUGGUGCUCAGUUAGUUUUGGGAGAUCGACCUAUUGAAAUAACCGUUCGUACUUUCACUUGAACGAGGUUGUAGCUUAAAGAGAUAGGAUCUAUUAGAGUCAAAAUUCAUGUUGGUAGCUGAUUUUAUUUUCAGCUUGAAAGGGCUUGGAGAUCUCUUCAAUGGAAUGAGAAGCUGAAGCUGAUCACAGCGCUCUUUCAAGGAAUAACUUCCCCGUUGACUGCAGGAAGUCCUGAGAUCGGUGCCUCACCAACUCUUUUGGUCAGUCUCUUAAAAGUUAUUUUCUUACUGGCCUCAUAUUUUACCAAGAAACUAAGGCGCAUCUCUUUGACUCUCACUUAAAUGUUUGACCGUAUCUGCCACAUUUUUUUCCGUCCACCGGGAUUAUCUUUGGUCUAGACAUUGCUUGUCAUCACGCUUUUAUAUUUUUAUGGACUGAUUUUCGCAACGUUUUACCUCUUCUAUCAUUUCAAACCAUAUUCUUAAGUUGGUUUGUAACACAAAGGAAAUAACUCAAGAUCACUUACGGAAAUAAAAACUAAUUAACUUCACGAUCGAAUUAGUAUAUUGUUCUUGAGCGUAUGGACAUAAACCAGUUAGAACCUUGUCUGUGAAAGGAACCAUCUUUUCUUUGUUCUCAGUUCAACUAUGACAAGGAUAUGUUCAAAUCCCCUUCUAAGAGAAUCAUCCAUUUCAUGCACAUCAAGAGAGCUCAACGUGGAUAGACAUCUUGGUUAAAGUAAAAAAAUUUACUUCAUUUAUGCAGUGUUACUAUGACUAUCCCCUUUGACUCUAUUUUAAAAAAUAUUUUAUUUUAUCUUGGCAAUACGUUUGCCGAUCAUGCUCUCUUCUGUUUUCCUUGUAAUACUAAGCAGUGGUGGAUCACAUGCUUGUUCAUGUUUACGAAGAAAUUGAUAUCACAGUGAAAUUUUAUUGAAUUAAGCUUAUCAACUUAUAUUGUUCAUUGAAUAUUAGAUUUGACGAGUGUUUAUUGCACUACACCGUAGGAAAAGGAAGAGGAUGCAAGCCCAUUUAAACUAUAUGAGCAGCUUAGCCUCUCCUAUCCUUCACUCUUGCAGCCUCUCAUUCAUGAGCGGGACACGGUAUGUUACCAUUCCUAUCAUGCUGAGAAUUUUGUGUACAAAUUCUCUCACUUUUUCUUGAGAUCGUUCUCGGAUGGGAUUUUUCCACAAUACAUAAACUAAACCAGUAAAUAAAUACCCUAUUCUGAAACUUUGCUCUGUACAAUUUCAAUUUCAGUAUCUUUCUUGGUCCCUAAAGAGAAGCAAAGCAGUACAGAACAGUAAACGUGUGGUUGGGGUGAUUGGAAAAGGUCACAUGAACGGAGUAGUGUAUGCCUUGGUAUCUGACCUCGGAGACCUGCGUUUCCGUGAUCUGGUUGGCACCAAGCCCUCUGGAGCCAGUUCCAACGGGUGGGUCAGAGAACUGUUCUUGGGUUUUCUCAGAGAUACUGUUUUAGCUGUCAUUCUAUGGUCUCUGUUUGAGUUCUUUCAGCACUACUCAUAG